GUAUGACCUACACAGUACACAUAAUAUAAAUUAACGCGUUUAUUGAUCUGAUGGGAAAACAUGGAAAUGUGUUUAAAUUACAAAUUGUUAGCUGUUUUAGUGGUUAUUAUUCCGCUGUCAUCAGCUAUGCGGGUGAAUGUAACUAGUGAACAAUGCGGACGUACUUUUAACAUUGCGAUAGUGAAAGAGCUCUACCUCGACUUUGAAAACUUCGUGACGGAAUUUUUAACAGAGUGUGUGAUUAAAAUAGAAAAUGAUGAUUAUAAUAGCAUGAUCUGUAUACAUAACAAAGGACCAUAUUUUGAUGUGGACUGUGCAUUGCAUUUUAAAUAUUUCAUUGGUGAGAGGCACAAAUACCAUAGUUUUAGCCCAGACCGUACUUGUACAGAAUUUACAAUGAAGCCUUUGUGCGACAGAAAUCCUAAAUCAACUAUAGUGUAUACGAAUUUUCAUAAUGAUGAUGCAAAGAUUAACGUAAAAUUUUUCACGAAGAAAUAUGUACCAACAACAACAACAAGGAGUCCUUGGUCGUCUUGGACGUCUUGGACAUCCGACUAUAAUGACGGAGAUGAUGAUGAGGAAUCGAGCUAUACUGGCAAAAUGAUUGGUAUUGUGGUCGGUGUAAUUCUAACUUUUGUGAUAGUUAUAUGUUGCGCCUGCGCUAAAGCUAGCCAACCGUCCAGAACCACCCGCGAACCUCAAUACGCACCUGCUGUACAAUAUACUGCUCAAAAUGGGAACCAAUCCAGAGAACAAUCUGGGCACCAACCACAGGAUUAUCCAAAUCAGACGAUAGGUGUGCAUCAGUUUCCGCCAAGUCAGACUGGUUUCCAGCAACAACAGCAAUUCACACCGGAUAAUCCUGGCUAUGCGGGGUACCAUGUACAUCAACCAGUUUUCCAACAUGUAUCAGACCAGCCGACUGUGGUAGGGCAGCAAAAUAAGGAACCACCGGACGCACCUGCACCACCAUACGAAGGUAUGAUUUGUUCAUUUUAUUGUUAGAAAUGAGCCCUUAUA